UGUUGUGAUUACAGUAAACGCUAUUGGCUAAAUUCGUGUCACGUGACCGCGCCUCGACAUUAGUUUCCACGACAGCUGAGUAGAUGCUAAAUGCUCCCUUUCCCCUGCUAAUAAGCUAUCGUUUUCAACUCCUCUGAGAACAGAUAUUGUAUAAUGGGAGACAAGAAGAGUCCCACAAGGCCGAAGCGGCAGUCCAAGCCUUUUGCAGACGAUGGGUUCUGGGACUGCAGCGUGUGUACGUUCAAGAACAGCGCUGAGGCGUUCAAGUGCAUGAUGUGUGAUGUCAGAAAGGGCACGUCCACUAGAAAACCACGACCUGUUUCUCAAUUAGUUGCACAACAAGUGAAUCAACAGUUUGCAUCACCAACGCAUCCCAAAAAGGAGAAGAAAGACAAAUCCGAGGACAAAAGUGAUAAAGAUCCCACAAUGAAAAAGAAGAGCUACAAAAAAACAAGACCUCGGUUAAAAAACGUGGACAGGAGCAGCGCCCAGCACCUUGAGGUCACGGUUGGAGACUUGACAGUCAUUAUCACAGACUUUAAGGAGAAACCCAAGCCCACGUCGACAUCGGCGAGCGCCGUCCCGGCGGACCAGCAGAGUCAAAGCGGCUCCAGUUCUGAUAACACUGAGCGAGGGAUCUCUAGGUGCUCCUCGCCGCGUGGGGAAGGCUCGUCUGUCAACGGAGAGGCUCACUGACCCUCAGAGGGCCAGCCGGCACAAGACAUUUUACUUUCAUUUCAACAGCCUCAACCAGGGAUUAAACUUUAAAAAAAGGACAUUUUUAAAUAAUAUUGCUAUAAAUAACAGCGUUCACUUCCAUUUUGGGUUGUAUUUUUCUACUGCUUUGCUGUUGAUGGUUAAUAAGUCAGUGUAUUGAACUACAAACGGAACAAAAGCAUUAAACUUUUCGGUGCUUAAUCUGAGCAAUAACAUCCUUUUCUGGAUAUUUUUGCUUCAUAGAAUAAAUGAUGGAUUAUGAAAGAGUCAAAAAAGAGGACAUUUCUGAAUACCUUUUUUUGUGGUCAUUUUUUGCACUUGAUGGCAUCUCUUGUUCACAUUAGCAAUUUGUAGCAUCAGUUCUAUUCUACCAGUAUAAUGCUAACUGGCCUUUCCAGCUCUCAUUUUGUGCCAUUGGAUGCAAUAACUGUUUUAACAUUUGAGAAAAUGUAUUAAACCAUUAUACUAAGUAUGCUUUGCUUUAAACCCGAUAAGAGUUGAGCAUGAUUUAUUUCCAUAGAAUGGUUUAUAUUGUGAAAUAAUGAAUAAAACUUGUAAAUAAAUGGGAGUUUUAAGUG